AGGAGGCGACGAAAGUCAAAAAUCAAUUUGUGAAUAAUACGAAAUCGGUGCAAAAUACGUUUCCGUGUGAAAUUGCUUUUUCGGCGAUUGGUUUUUCAUCGAUUUUGCAAAGGGAAAACAGGUUUUAAGAGGAGAACUGCCAUGUCGGACUACUUCGAGGAACUGGGCCAUGAACCCACUGGACCACAGGGUGCAAACGAUUUGGCCAGAAACCUCAAACGCCUCCAGGUCUUGGCCAUCAUGAAUGGCAUUGAUAUGGAGAUCGAGGUGCCCGAGGCCUCCAGGCGAGCCAUUCUGGAGCUUCCAGUCCACGAAAUCCUGAAAUCGGAAGAGGACGGAGACUUGGAGUGCUCCGUUUGCAAGGAGCCUGCCGAAGAGGGCCAGAAGUACAGGAUCCUUCCCUGCAAGCACGAGUUCCACGAGGAGUGCAUCCUGCUCUGGCUGAAGAAGACGAACUCCUGUCCCUUGUGUCGCUAUGAACUGGAAACUGAUGAUCCUGUUUACGAGGAGUUGCGCCGGUUUCGGCAGGAUGAAGCUAACCGACGGGAGCGGGAGAACACUAUUAUGGAUUCCAUGUUCGGUUAAAUUGGGGUUUCGAUUGCAGCAUUUGUAGUUUGAGUAUCUGGGCAGUGGCAUUUGGUUAAAUUUGUAGUAUGUUGAAAUAAAGGGUGCUAACGGGA